GGCGCUGGCGCUACGGAGAGCCCGCAACAGCGGCCCCUGGCGGCGGCGCGGCUAACGGGGAGGCGUCUUGGACGUCUGCGGACGGCGAGUUUUCGCGUGCGCCUGUCUUCGGGGCUGGCGGCUUUGGGCGACGGUGCAAGGAGCGCGGCGGAGGAAUGGAGACCAGGAAGCUAAUCACCGCAACAGACAACCAGUACUCUGGCAUGUUGUUAAAGGCUUUGGAUGAACAGCGAGGACAUGGACUUUUCUGUGAUGUUACCAUCAUUGUGGAGGACCGGAAAUUUCGAGCCCACAGAAAUGUCCUCUCAGCCUCCAGCACUUACUUCCACCAGCUUUUCGCGCUUGCAGGUCAAGUGGUUGAACUGAACUUCAUCAGAGCAGAGAUUUUUGCAGAAAUUCUCAAUUACAUUUACAGCUCCAAAAUAGUCCGGGUAAGAUCGGACUUGCUCGAUGAGUUAAUUAAAUCAGGGCAGUUGCUGGGAGUUAAAUUCCUUGCUGAUUUGGGUGGGCCUUUGCAGCAGGUGAAAAGUAUGUCAGGAAGUGUCAAGCCUGGCGCUUCAGAAUGGCCCAGCUCUGAAACUAAUGGCCUCGAAGUACAGAAACCUCCAACACCAGCUGGGGGCCAAAACCUAAUUGAUGAGAAGCCCGCCGUAACGGUCUCGUUGCAUGGGGGAGCGUGUGAUUCUGCAAAGAUUACCAUUAGUGAUUCUGACGAUGACGACGUCAUUUUCUGCUCCGAGCUUGUGCCUCCAAAGGACUGUCCCCUGGAGCCUACUGUAGUAGCACAGAGCCAGCCUUGCCUAAAUCCUGUGGGAGUCCCUGACCAAAUAAAUUGUACCAGCAGUUCCCCGCCUCAGUCAGCGACAGCGACAGCUCCGAGGCUUGACUCAUGCCCUGGCCAGUCAAAUCCAACUGAAAACCAAGUACCUGCUGAGCCAUUUGUCCCCUCGCUUCCAAAACCUGCGGCUUCAAAUAUGCUUGUGUUAAAAAGGCCGCAGAUUGGAGCUUUGCCGAAUGCUGGCUCAUCGCAUGAAAUAGAGGUAUCUCCUAUCCCCGAAGAGAAUCAGCAGCCAUCUAUUAACGACUCCUUAACUGACAUGGAGACCAAUGCCAUUGAUGAAGAAGAGGAUGAGGAUGAGGAUGUUGAAGAUGACGACAUCCUCGGUUCGUCCAGCCCAGGGUCAGCAAGCAGCAGUUCUUUGGUCCAGCAGCCCACCACCCCUAAAGCAGCCGCUGCACCUGAUGCCACAGGAGUACAGAAGAAGCAUAGUCCUAGCUUUCCCCAAGAAGCAGUCUCCCAACCCAGGAAGUUCAAAAAGGAAGUUUCUGAUGUUCUUCCUGGGAGCAACAAGGAAGCUCCAGCGGGCUCUGUGCCGAAGCACGUGACGGAAGGCCAGAAGACCAUCACUUUAGAUAAAGCUACUGAGAUAGAAGGCUUGUCGACAGGUUGCAAGGUUUAUGCAAACAUCGGUGAAGAUACCUAUGACAUCGUAAUUCCUGUGAAAGAUGAAGCUGAUGGAGAAGUGCAGUCGGAUGACAUGCCCAGAACAUCGGGGGACGAUUCUACAAACAGGAAGCGCCUCAAAGUGAAGCAUGAUGAUCACUACGAGCUCAUCAUGGAUGGCAAGGUCUACUACAUCUGCAUUGUGUGCAGGAGGUCUUACGUUUGUCUUACAAGUUUGCGGAGACACUUCAAUGUGCAUUCUUGGGAGAAGAAGUAUCCAUGUCGCUAUUGCGAGAAGGUUUUUCCUCUUGCAGAGUACCGCACCAAGCAUGAGAUUCACCACACCGGGGAGCGGCGGUACCAGUGCUUGGCAUGUGGCCAGUGUUUCAUCAACUAUCAGGUCAUGGCCACGCAUGUAAGAUCGGUUCACAGCCAGGAUCCUUCUGGCGAGUCCAAGCUAUAUCGCCUGCACCCCUGCCAGUCUCUGCAGAUCAGAAAUUAUGCAUAUAUUUCAGGUAGUUCCAGCAAUAUACCUAUGGUAAAUGACAAUGCUCUUGUUUAUCCUGUUGACCCUGCAAAAGAAGCCCCUCAAGAACCAGCCCCUAACCCUUCAGCAAAGCCAAUGACCUGGGAUGAUAUCUUUGUUCCGCAGGGAAAUGAAUCACUAUUCAAACAAAAUCCAUCGGAUGGCAGUACUGAAUUUGAGUUUGUUAUACCGGAAUCUUACUGAAUCUUCUCUCUGAUCGAAAUAGAAAUAUAGAUAUAUAUAUAUAGAUAUAUAUAAAGAAAAACUUCUUUAAAUGGGCUGCUUGAAAAAAGUUGUAGGACAUCUCAUGUUAUAUAACAAGUCAGUGUGUUAACUCCUAGCCAACAAAAUGUAGUAUGUUAAGACUAGAAUGCCUAUAAGUUUCAGAGAUGCUUGUGAAAGAAAAUUGGUCAGGGAAAGAAAAACGCUUCACUUGAAUAUGGGAAAAGGCACUUGAGAAGCUAGGUGUUAAAUGUGUUUGGUUCAUUAUCAUGGAUCGAAAUCUGGUGAAAUAGUUGUUUGAAAAGGUGUGGCUUCUUUACAGUAAAGGUAACUCACAACUUAUGCAUUUAUAACCCAUGCGCAUUCAGCUUCAUGUGUUUGGCAAAAAAAAUUUUUUUUAAUUAAACAGGGGGCAGAUGUCCAGGAAAAAGGACUGUGACAAUCCCUCCUGCCAUUGAACCCAGUGUGUUUUGACCAAACAUGACUUUGGCAUUAGGUGCAAUCCCUGGAACAUAACCCCCACGUAAGUUGAGAGUCUUUUGUAAUGAGAAAUGACCCCGAUAACUUGUAGAAUAAUGGGAACAUUUCUUGCCUCUUUAACCACUUAUUAUGUAAUCCCUUCUUUCAUGCUAGCAAUUUAAAACUGAUUUUUUUUUUAAUUGUUUGAGACUACGUAAAGGCAGUCUGGAUAGGUUUCCUGAUUAUAGCUAAGUUCUUUUUUUAUAGUAGAAAUCAUUGCACUCCUUUUAACUUAAUGGAAAAUACAGUGUUGUUGCGGGAGGGUAUGUGAAGGUCCAAUCAUCCUGUCCAUAAAUCAAAUUAUUUUCUAAGUGGCAUCCUAAAUCUGUUCUGCUCCAAAAUAACCAUUCUGCCUUCACAAAAAUUGCGCAUAAUGUAAGCUUGUUAUCUUGGAGGAGAAAAGAUGCUAUUUGUUCGAAGAAGCCUGAACAAGUUUUAUUUAUAUUUGGUAAUUAAAAAGACGCAGUGGCUGGACCAUUGUGUUCUAUCCUUCAACACAGGAGGGGCUUUGUCAGCAAAAUUGUCCAGUGACAUUGCCCUUCUUCAGUCUGCCCACAUUUUCUACCCUCCAAUAUCAAGGAAUUAUGUCAGACCCUCCUUUUGCUGAAAUCAUGUUGGUGGUUUGGAUUAAGCUGCCGUUUUCCAUUUAGCUUACUACCAUGGGAAAAGGUGGUGACAGAUAUAACUGUAUAGGUGGGUUUUUGUUUUUGUUUUGUGCUGAAGGGUGUGGAAGCUGUUUCCCAAAGUUACGCUUCAACUUACAUUUAAUUAGCGUGCAUUCAUGUGCUUGGCAAAACGUUUUUUUUAAAGGGAGCAGAAAGGAGGAGAGUGUUCAGGGGUAAAAAAAAGGCUGGCAAUUACAGCUGCUAUUGCACCCAAUGUGCUUUGACUCUCCCCAGAACAUAACCCCCGUGUAAGUUGCGGGCUUACUGUCAUUUCCCCCCUAAUUGAACUUAUUUAUAGUUUUUCAUGAACUUAGUUUGACUUCAUUUCAAGGUAACUGUCAGGUUAGUUAGGAGUUCUGAUAAGGAUUUAACAUCUCACAUACGUUCACUGGCAGGGGUGUGUCAGGUCUCAGACAUUGUGCCUGUUUACUCCCCCCUCUUGCACAAUGUUACACAUUUUUUAAAAAUGCUGUGGUUAUAGUAAAAGUCCAUCUUUAGGGGGGGGGAGCUUGUCCCAAGUAAACUGCUCAGCAGUCAUGUAGUCUGUUGCUUUACACUGAACGACGUCCUAAAUUCUUGUAAAUUACGCGGGGUUGUAGGGGGUGUGUGGAGACGUUAUAGAAGACGGGAAAGGAUUGUGAUGAAUAGAAGUAGCUAGAAAUCAGUGGUAUGUCGUUAAAAUCUCUUCUUCCCACCACUUUAGAAUUCCCUCUCCCCGUGUUUUGUGAAAUAAACAUUUCAUUUUAAACGCAA